ACCUCCAGGUCUGUUACUCUGCCUUCUCUCACUGCGCAAAGCCGGUGUUCUGAAUCAUGAAUAUGAUUUGCCCUUGGCGUACUCUGGCAGCGCUGUUUUCUUUCCGACCAACUUUGUUAUCGCACUCAAGCAAUGGCAAAUGGACAGCCGGGUGAUAUCAAGCAGGUGGAUUUCUGCAGCCUUGAGACUUUCCCAUGCAGGUGGGAAUUUGACCAUUUGGGAGUUUGCUUGAGUUCUCAGCGGGCCAACAGAUCAGCCUCAGCUGUGUACCCUAUAAAUAAAGUUCAGGAAGGACUGAAUCCUGGACUCUGGGAAAGCCUUGACCAUGAGGUUCAUCCUGUUUUUUGGUGCACUGUUUGGGCACAUCUACUGUCGAGAAACAUUUGUGGGAGACCAGGUUCUUGAGAUCAUACCAAGCAAUGAAGACCAAAUGAAGAGUCUGGUGCAGCUGGAGGCUGAAGAGCAUCUCCAGCUGGACUUUUGGAAACCAGCGACCAUACCAGGGGCAAGAGCCCACGUCCGCGUCCCCUUCGGCAGCGUGCAGGCCGUCAAAGCUUUCCUGGAGUCCCAAGGAAUUGCUUAUUCCAUCAUGAUUGAAGAUGUUCAGGUUCUGUUGGACAAAGAGGAUGAAGAAAUACUACAGAAUCGGCGAAGAGAACGCAGCGGGAACUUCAACUUUGGGGCCUACCAUACCUUGGAAGAGAUUUCCCAAGAAAUGGACAACAUCGUGGCCCAGCACCCUGGGCUAGUGAGCAAAGUGCGCGUUGGGGCUUCCUUUGAAAACCGGACCUUGACCGCACUCAAGUUCAGCACUGGAGGUGACAAGCCAGCCAUCUGGCUGGACGCGGGGAUCCAUGCGCGAGAGUGGGUUACCCAAGCUACCGCACUCUGGACAGCAAAUAAGAUCGCCUCCGACUAUGGAAGGGAUCCAUCCAUCACUUCCAUCCUGGACGCCGUCGAUGUCUUCCUGCUGCCGGUUACAAACCCCGAUGGAUAUGUGUUCUCGCAAACCCACAAUCGCAUGUGGCGCAAGACGCGGUCCAAGGUGUCUGGAAGCCUUUGUGUCGGAGUGGAUCCUAACCGGAACUGGGACGCAGGAUUCGGAGGCCCUGGAGCCAGUGCCAGCCCUUGCUCUGAUUCGUACCGCGGAUCCAGGGCCAACUCCGAAGUCGAAGUGAAAUCCAUAGUGGACUUCAUCCAGAGUCAUGGGAAGGUCAAGGCCUUCAUCACCCUUCACAGCUACUCCCAGCUGUUGAUGUUCCCCUACGGGUACAAGUGUACCAAACCAGAGCACUUUGAGGAGCUGAAUGAAGUAGCCCAAAAGGCUGCCCAGUCGCUCGCGAGCCUGCACGGCACCAAGUAUGAAAUAGGACCCAUCUGCUCGGCCAUUUACCAAGCCAGCGGCGGAAGCAUCGACUGGUCCUAUGAUUCUGGCAUCAAAUACUCCUUUGCCUUCGAGCUGAGAGACACAGGCCGCUACGGCUUCCUCCUGCCGGCCUCGCAGAUCCUGCCCACGGCCGAAGAGACCUGGCUUGGCCUGGAGACCAUCAUGGGGCAUGUCCGCGACCAUCUUUAUUAGGGCUCUGGGGACGCGCGAACACCAUUAAAGUCUUGUUGAUUUGAAGCAGAGCUGGGUUGUGCUGGUUUCUGUUUUGAAUCCUCAUCUGGGAGCAAGCCCCUGCCCCGUCCCCCUUCAUUUUCCAAAACCAAAAAGAUUCAUCCUAAGCAAAAUGUUCCCAAUUUCCUUUAGAAUUUUUUUAUUGUGAUAAAUUAUACAUAAUAUAAACUUGAUCAUUUUGAUCACUUCGCAUGGGCUGGCAUUGUGGCAUACAGGGUGAAACCCCUUCCUGCAAUGCCAGGAUCCCUUAUGGGCACAGAAUCAGGUCUUGGCCGCUCCACUUCAAUCCAGCUCCCUGCUAAUGGCCUGGGAAAGCAGCGUAAGAUGGUCCAAGUGCGUGGGCCUCCACACCCACGUGGGAGACCUGGAGGAAGCUCCUGGCUCCUGGCUUUGACUGGACCCAGGCCUGACUGUUGUGGCCAUCUGGGGAGUGAACUAGUGGAUGGAAGACUUCUCUCUAGAACUAUUUCAAAUAAAAUAAAUGUAAUUUUUUAAAGAGCAUUUGCAAUGUCACACCACUGUUCAUCUCUAGAACGUUAUUGUCAUCCCAAACUGAAACUCUUUCCCCAUUAAACAGUAACUCCCCUUGCCCUCUCCCUCCUGCCUGCGGUUAGGACGGCUGCACUUUCUGCCUGUCUCUGAAUUUGCCUAUUCUUGGUGUCUCUUAGAAGUGGGAUCAUACAGUUUGUCCUUUUGUGUCUGGUUUAUGUCUCUAGGCAUAAUGAUUUCAGGGUUUCAGCCUGGUGGUAUGCAACAUAGGUCAGCUCCUUCAUCCUAAAGUUGAUGAGCAGCGUUUUAGAGCAAGCAAUGCACUUUUGAGUUCACUUAUUGGAUAAACACUAAUGAAUCCAGCACAGGUACCAGGCAUUACAUUCUGUGCCGCCUCCUCUGGGUCCAUCGUUGCCACUGGCUUUUCCAUUUCUGGAAUGCUGCAUUGUGAAAACUGGUAGGAACCCAGACCUACAAUCUUCCUGUCUUUAUUUUUUAAAAAGAUUUAUUUUAUUGAUUUGAAUGACAGAAUUACAGAGAGAGAGGGAGAGACAGAGAGAGAGGUUUUCCAUCUGCUUGUUCACUCCCCAAAUAGCCGUAAUGGCUGGGGCUGGGCCAGGUCGAAGCCAGGAGCUUGGAACUCUAUCUGAGUCUAUCACAUGGGUGGCAGGGGCCCAAGUACUUGGGCCAUCUUCUGUUGCCUUCCCAGGUGCAUUAGCAAGGAGGUGGAUUGGAAGUGGAACAGCCAGGACUUGAACUUGCACUGUGAUAUAGAUGUUGGUGUCACAGGUGGCAGCUUAACUCUCUGUGGCACAAUGUCAGCAUUAUUUAUGAUGGUGAUUUUAAACACGACUCAAGAGGCUUCUUGUUGAGUCAAUUUUUUAAUGUUUAUUUGUUUUAUUAUUUAUGAGAGAGAAAGAGAGUUUGUAUUUGCUGGUUCAUUCAUUCCCCAAAUGCUCACAACAGCUGGGGUUGGGCUGAGCCAAAGCCAGGCCUAGGAGCCGGGAACUCAAUCCUGGUCUCCCACAGGG